UAACAUUUUAUCACAAACUUAAUUAUUGCCAACACCACAUAUUUCAUGUUCAUGAAACCAUGCAGAUUCUUGCUUCUGUAACAUUCCUCUUGAUCUUAUCAUCUUUCUGUUGUUUCAUCAUCAUUCCAAGUCUCUGCUCUGAAUCACUAAACACUAGAUGCAUAGAAAGUGAGAAAAAUUCACUUCUUGACUUCAAAUCUAGUCUCAAAGAUCCUCACAACCUUCUUUCUUCAUGGGAAGGCAGUGAUUGCUGCAACUGGAAGGGAGUUACCUGCAACAAUGAAACAAACCAUGUUGUUAGCUUAAAUCUUGGAUACUGGCAUCUCUUCAAUGGUCUUAGUACCGCUUGGCGUAUCGGCGGUGAGAUCAGUCCUUCUUUGAUUGGUUUGAAUGAUCUGAAUCACUUGGACCUCAGCUUUAAUGAUUUUGGAGGCAUUGCUGUUCCGGAAUUCAUUGGUUCAAUGAAGAAACUCAGUUAUCUUAGUCUCUCUAAUGCCGGUUUCAGUGGAAGGAUUCCUUAUCAGCUUGGGAAUCUGUCAAGUCUGCGGUAUCUUGAUCUUAACUCAUUUUACUAUUUCCAUGAUCUUUAUGUCGACAGUCUUGAUUGGCUUUCUCGUCUUUCUUCAUUGCAAUAUCUUGAUAUGAAUUCUGUGAACUUGGAGAAUGUUGGUGAUUGGUUUGUUUCGAUAAAUUUGAUUCCUUCUCUAUCUGUUUUGAAGCUGCCUCAUUGUAAGCUUAAAGAGUUCCCUUUGUCAUUCUCGUUUCGCAAUUUCACAUCUCUGACUUAUCUUGAUCUUUCUAACAAUGAAUUCUAUUCUCCGCUUCCGAAUUGGCUUUUCAAUUUGAGCAGCCUUCAGUAUCUUAAUCUCCAAUUCAAUCAAUUCCAAGGUUCUAUGCCUGAUGAGUUUGCAAGAAUGACUUCUCUUGAGGUCAUUCAGCUGGGCAAAAAUGAACUUGUGGGGUCUAUUCCUCGAACGAUCAGUUUGCUCUGCAAACUGAGAACUCUUGACUUGUCGUCAAAUAAUAUCACUGGAGACACAGCCUCAUUAGCAGAAAUUUCAGUUGGUUGUGCUGGAAAUAGCUUGGAGGUCUUGAAUUUGAGAAACAAUAAUCUGACUGGUAACUUGUCAGAUUGGUUAGUGAACUUUAAGAGAUUAGACACUCUUGAUCUUGGCCAUAAUUCAUUGAAUGGUCAAAUUCCAGUGUCGAUUGGGAAGCUAUCGGCAUUGAAAUAUCUCAUGCUUACUGCUAAUGGGUUUAAUGGGACUCUGCCAGAGAGUAUUGGCCAGCUUUCCGAGCUUAUUUUGCUCGAUCUUUCUUUCAAUUCAUUGAAUGGAGUUGUUUCUGAAUUUCACUUUGCCAACCUUUCAAAGCUCGAGCAGUUGAGCUUAGCUUCGACGUCUCUAGCCUUUAGAAUGAACUCGUCUUGGAUUCCUCCCUUCCAACUGAAGUUAAUCGGCUUGCGGCUUUGCAAACUCGGCCCCAAGUUUCCUUCGUGGCUUUGGACUCAGAAGGAUUAUGGUGUACUGGAUUUGUCAAAUACAGAGAUUGAAGAUGUAGCUCCUAAUUGGAUAUGGAACUUAUCAGAAAAAAUUUUGAUGCUUGAUCUCUCUCACAAUCUGAUCUCAGGAAACCUCCCUGCAACUUUGGGGUUUGCUAGUAUUUCGAUCCUGGAUUUGAGUAAUAACAAAUUCGAGGGUACGUUGCCUACUUUAUCUUCGAGCAUGGAAUAUUUGGAUCUCUCAAACAACAUGUUUACUGGCAACAUUCUUCGAUUCGUCAGCUAUCGGCUGCCUAUAUUGUCUCAUUUGUUCCUCUCCAACAAUCACCUCAGUGGUCCAAUACCAUCAUCCAUAUGCCAAGACGUUGAAUUAUAUGCCAUGGAUCUCUCAAACAAUCAGCUGUCAGGAGAACUUCCCACAUGUUUGUCCGAUAUGCUGACUCUAACGGCAUUAAAUCUUGCAAACAACAAUUUAUCCGGAGAAAUUCCAUCCACACUUGGCAGUAUAAAGGGGCUGAGAACUCUGCAUUUGGGAGGUAAUCAUUUCAAGGGAGAGUUACCUACAGCAUUACAAAAUUGCACUAUAUUAGUGACUCUUGAUCUUGGCGAAAAUGAAAUCUCCGGAUCAAUACCAGCUUGGAUUGGUGAAUUGCUUCCGUUUCUGAGGAUACUUCGACUUCGAUCGAAUUUCUUUAAUGGCACUAUUCCUUCACAAUUAUCUCGUCUCAGUUCUCUUCAGAUUUUGGACCUUGCCAAUAAUAGUCUGUCAGGAACAAUACCACCAAGUUUCAGUAAUAUCACUGCAAUAGCGCAAACGCACAAGCCGAAUGAACGGAUGUUGGAGGACAUGCAGGGUGCUGUGCAAUCUAGUGUGGAUAACUAUGGCCCCACCGGAUACAUUGAGAGCGUGCUAGUUGUCAUGAAAGGAGCAGAGCGAGAGUACAGCCAAAAUCUACAAUAUGUGGCAAGCAUAGACCUUUCGAACAAUCAGUUAACUGGACAGUUUCCUAAAGAAUUGGGUGAUCUCAUCGGAUUGCAGAAUUUAAAUUUGUCAAGCAACCAGUUGACGGGAAAAAUUCCAGACGAGAUCGGCAAGUUGAAGCUGUUGGAGUCUCUUGAUUUAUCGAUGAAUGGCUUUACAAGUUCAAUACCGACAUCUAUAUCUGUUUUGACUUUGUUGAGUCACUUGAAUCUGUCGUAUAACAAUUUAUCAGGAAGAAUACCUUCAGGAUACCAGCUGCAGACACUCGAUUAUAAUUCUUACUUGGGAAAUCCCGGCCUCUGUGGACCUCCUCUGAAUAAAUGUGGGAGCAACAAAACAGUUUUCAGCAUAAUUCUGGCUUGUACAGAUGGAGAUGAUGAAUGUGAAUCUGAAAAGCUCGGGUUGUACCUCGGCAUUGUCCUUGGGUUUGUCGCUGGAUUUUGGGUGAUCUGGGGUGUUCUUUUGUUCACUGAGAAUCUAAGUGAAGCUUAUUUUGAGUUCAUCGAUGAGCUGCUGGAUAAGCUUCCUUUCGCAAGAAAGAUGGACAGAUACGAUGAGGAUGAUGAAGAAGAUGAAACAAACUCAUUGAUGUACCUGUACAUCUGCAUCAAUGAAUCAAAACUUCGAUGCAAAGAGAGUGAAAGAGUAGCAAUUCUUGAGUUCAAAGAUGCUGUCAGAGAUCCUCAUAACCUUCUCGCUUCAUGGGAAGGAAGAAUACUUUCAGGCUACCAGCUUAACAUACUCGAUUAUACUUCUUACUUGGGAAAUCCUGGUCUCUGUGGUGCUCCUCUGAAUGAGUACGGGAGCAACAAAACAAUUUUCAGCAUAAUUUCGGCUUGUGCAGGUGGAGUGAAUCUAAAAAGCUUGGGUUGUACCUCAGCAUUGCCCUUGGGUUUGUCACUAGACUUUGGCAUUUGCCAACAUUCAUGGCAGGAAGAAAAGAAUUUAUAUUAUUGCUCAAUGGAGCUUCACAUGAGGUUCCUCACCUUUGCCACUUCUGCACAGCUUCUAUUUCUGCUUGGCUUUCUAAGCUCUGCAUUAUGCGUCAAUGAAUCAGAACCUCGGUGCAGAGAGAGUGAAAGAGCAGCACUUCUUGAGUUCAAAGAAGCUCUCAGAGAUCCUCAUAGCCUUCUCUCAUCAUGGGAAGGUAGUGAUUGCUGUCACUGGAGAGGAGUAAGCUGCGACAAUGAAACCGAGCAUGUUGUUAGCUUAGACGUUGGAUACCGCCAUCUCUUUGAUGGUCCUAGCACCGCAUGGCGUCUCGGUGGUGAGAUUAAUCCUUCUUUGCUCAGCUUGAAGUAUCUGAAUCACUUGGACCUCAGUUUCAACGAUUUUGGAGGGAUUAGCAUUCCAGAAUUCAUUGGUUCGAUGAUAGGACUCAGCUACCUUGAUUUCUCCAAUGCUGGUUUCAGUGGGAGGAUACCUCCACAGAUUGGGAAUCUCACAAGUUUAAGAUACCUCAAUCUGAACUCAAUCCAUUCUUUGCACACUUUAUAUUCUGAGGAACUUGAAUGGGUCUCUCAUCUUUCUUUGUUGCGAUAUCUUGAUAUGAACUCGGUGACCAUUGCAAAGACUAAUGAUUGGUUCUGUCCAAUUAAUAUGCUCUCCUCUCUAUCGGUUUUACUUCUUCCUAAUUGUCAGCUUAAACAGAUGCCAACAUCACUCUUCUUUCACAAUCUCACAUCUCUUAUUACUCUUGAUCUUUCCAACAACCAAUUUGAUUCCAUGCUUCCGAGCUGGUUGUUCAACAUGACCAGCCUUCAAUAUCUUAACCUUCAAUCCAAUAACUUCCAAGGUUCUAUACCUGAUGCUUUUGAGAACAUGACUUCUCUUGAGAUCAUUCAACUCAGAAAGAAUGAAUUGCUCGGUGGUGUCCCGCAAUCCAUUGGAAAACUCUGCAAUCUGAGGACUCUGGACUUAUCGUCUAAUAACAUCACCGAUGAUGUAUCUGUAUUAGCAAAAAUUUCGAGUGAAUGCGCUGGAGGUACUCUGGAGAUUCUGAAUCUGAGAGGCAAUAAUCUGAAGGGAAACCUCUCAGAUUGGUUAGUGCAUUUUAAAGUGCUAACACUUCUUGAUCUCGGCAACAACUUGCUUCAAGGUUCAAUUCCCGCAUCCAUAGGAAACAUAUCUACAUUGUGGAGUAUUUUUCUGAGCCAUAAUGCUCUGAAUGGAACUCUUCCACAGAGUGUUGGGCAGCUGUCCAGCCUCAAAUUGCUUGAUGUUUCACAUAAUUCGCUCUCUGGAAUUGUAUCCCAAGUACACUUCCAGAACCUUUCGGAGCUCGAACACCUGAGCUUGGGCUCGAACUCCUUUGUGAUUAACAUGAGUUCUAAUUGGGAUCCACCAUUCAGACUAAGACUCAUCGGAUUGCAGCGCUGCAGAAUUGGACCGAAAUUUCCUCCAUGGCUGAAGAAACAGAGGGACUACAGCAUAUUGGACUUAUCAUAUGCUGAAAUCAAUGACACAGCUCCCGAUUGGAUUUGGAACUAUCAUCAACAGAUCUAUCUCUUAGAUCUAUCUCACAAUCAGAUUACUGGUGAGGUCCCGGGAAGACUGAAAUAUGCUAGCAUGACAACCAUUGAUUUAAGUUUCAACCAAUUUAAGGGACCAUUGCCCGGCUUACCUGCUGGCAUUGAGUACAUAGAUUUCUCUGGCAACUCAUUUUCAGGUACUAUUUCUCCACUCUUUGCACAGCCAAUGCUUGUUUUCUCUAAUUUGAUUAUCUCUGAUAACAUCAUCAAUGGCACAAUCCCUGACUCCAUAUGCAAUUACGCUGAGUUGUUUGUCAUCGAUCUUUCUGGCAACUUGUUAUCCGGUGAACUUCCUGAAUGUUGGGCUGAUCUUCGAGGUUUGUCUGCCUUAAACUUGGCAAACAACAGGCUUACUGGAGAAAUUCCAAGCAGUAUGGGAACACUUAGUUGGCUCCGAGCACUGCAUUUGAAUAACAACUCUUUCCACGGACAGUUACCAACAACCUUAAAAAGUUGCACUAGUUUGAUAACUUUUGAUGUUGGUGACAACAAACUCUCUGGAGAGAUACCAACUUGGAUUGGCGAAUCACUGCCGCAUCUUAGGAUUCUCCGGUUAAGAUCAAACAUGUUUGAUGGCAGCAUUCCUCCACAGCUUUCUCUUCUCACUUCUCUACAGAUAUUGGACCUUGCUGGUAAUAAAUUAUCAGGAAACAUACCGAGUAGUUUGGGUAACAUUAGUGCAAUGGCACAGUCACACAAGCUGAAAGAAAGGAUGAUGGAAACCCUGCAAGGUUCUGUAGAAAGUAGUCUUGACCGAUAUGGUCCUUCUGGUUAUGGUGAUAGCUUGGUGCUGGUAACGAAAGGCAGGCAGAUGAAGUACACCAAAACUCUUCAGUAUGUGGCAAGCAUAGACUUGUCGGAGAAUACUUUGUCAGGAAAUAUUCCACAUGAAUUGGCAAAUCUCUACGGACUGCAGAACUUGAAUCUUUCCGAUAACAAGUUGACUGAGAAUAUCCCAGAAAACAUCGGUCAGUUGGAUUUGUUGGAGUCUCUGGACUUGUCAAAAACAAUCUUUCCGGUUCUAUUCCUUCCAGCAUUUCUCUUUUGACUUCAUUGAGUUUGUUGAACUUGUCUUGCAAUAAUUUGUCAGGAAGAAUCCCCACCGGGCACCAGCUUCAGACGCUUAAUGAUCCAUCCAUGUACGUUGGUAAUCCUGGUCUUUGCGGGUCUCCACUUGAAGAAUGCAAACAGAACAAGACGCACCCUGCCACAUUACCUGUCAAAGACGAUGAAGAGUCCGAAAUGCUUGGAUUUUAUAUCGGUAUAAUGCUCGGUUUUGUGACAGGAUUUUGGGCCGUAUGGGGAAUUCUAUUGUGCAUUCAUAGAUUAAGGUAUGCUUAUUUCAAGUUUAUCGAUCUGUUGUUGGAGAGGUUAUCCUUGCCAGUCAUGUAAAUCAUACAAUGAAAUUAAUGAACAAAC